GUCCACUUGGCUUUGCUGAAGAGACCAGAACUUGGUGUAACAUUCACUAAACUUCACUGUUGGACUCUUACUCAUUAUAGUAAAUGUGUUUUUAUGGAUGCUGAUACAUUGGUGCUGUGUAAUAUUGAUGAGCUUUUUGACCGUGAAGAGCUCUCUGCAGCCCCGGACUCUGGAUGGCCAGAUUGUUUCAACAGUGGAGUAUUUGUUUUCCAACCGUCUCUAGAAACCCAUAACCUCCUGAUGCAGCAUGCAGUGGAAUGUGGAAGUUUUGAUGGGGCUGACCAAGGAUUACUGAAUAGUUUCUUCAGUAACUGGGCAACUUCAGAUAUUCACAAACAUUUGCCAUUUCUCUAUAACUUGAGCAGUAGCACCAUCUAUACAUAUAGACCUGCUUUCACUAAAUUUGGCUCGGAUGUAAAAGUGGUCCAUUUUUUGGGGCCAUCAAAGCCUUGGCAUUACAAAUAUAAUCGUCAGACUGGCUCAGUGAUUUCGGAGAGUUUAACUUCAGAUUCUCAGCAUCAUGUCUCCUUUCUUGAUCUCUGGUGGAAAAUAUACGAUGAGAGCAUUGUGCCUUUUUUCGAUAAAGUCCAGCAUGUAGCAGAGCAUGAAUCUCAAGAACAAACAAUUUCUUGUAGAGCUACUAAGUUUUGGAAAAGUUCAAAUUCAAGCCAAGAGCAUAAACAAUAUUUACCUGUUCAGGAGUUUUCAGAACAGACACUGGAAAUAACUCUUCCUAUUCUGAUACCAGAAGUGACUGAGAAAGAUCAGCCAGUCCAUAAAGAGGAACCCAAUUCUCCUGAAUGUUUCCUGGAACAAAACAAUGAACCAUCUGCACAGUUUACCAGUGACCCUGUUUCUCUACACAAUUUGGAGGUUGAGUUGGCCUUUUCUGUAACAGAGCUUUCCAUUCAACAGAAAGUAAAGGAACCCAGUGCAGAAGAAGAAAGAAGGAAAUGGGAAGAAGGCCGUGUGGACUACAUGGGAAAAGAUGCAUUUGCACGUAUUCAGGAAAAAUUGGAUAGAUUUUUACAGUAAUUUUGUCAGCUGUGUCUGUAUUCUCAUGAAAAUGUUGUUGCCAUUAUGCUCAAGCUUCUGUGAAAUGACAAAAACUCUCUUUUAGCUCUUAGUAAUAGCAAAGGCCUUUUAAAUAAUGUGCCUCUAUUUAUUUUCAGCCAACUUGAGUGCCUCAAUAUAAGUAGUGCAGAAAAUUCAAGUCUAGCUUGAAAUGCCUAACUGACCCAAGAAAAAUAACUUCUAGUAUUCCCUAUUAGCUCUGUACCUUAUUAAUCUUGCCAGCAAAAUGAUUUGGAAUAAAUAUAGACUUUUUGGUAAACGUAUGCAUUAUAAUGGGAAGAAUACUUAAAAUGUAGACCUAUUCAGGUGCAAAAAUAUUGCUGCUUAGUGUAGUUAAAAAUUACAGAUCAGCCUUGCAAUUUUCUUUUUUUUAAAAAAUGCUGUUGAUGUUCUGGGAAAGAUCGAUGAUAAAUGCAUAUCUAUUCCUGUGUGAGUUGAGUUAAAAGAUGCAGUUGAUGUUCUGGGAAAGAUUGAUGAUAAAUGCUUAUCUAUUCCUGUGUGAGUUGAGUUAAAUUUCAGCAACUCACCUUUUUUAUUUCACUUUCAGUUUUAAGAUCUCAUGGACUUUUUUUGAUGUCUCUGGCAGGAACACUGAUUUUGAACAUAACACAAAGAGAGAUGUUCACCUGAUUGAUAAAAGAAUUUCUUUAGUUUUAUGUAAAGGAGUUAACCAUAAGGUUUCCAAAGAAUUCAUAGUUUAUUUUAGUUUUUCAUAGAUCAAUUCAUUGCAGCAAUACUUAAAAUAUUUUUUGUUUGAAAAAAAAGGAAAUCUUUUUUUCUCUGUUAAAUUCUUUCUUCCCUCCUCUCCUUAUCAAUAUAUACAUAUAUGCACACACACACACACACAUACACACACACACACACACACAUAUAUAUAUAUGUGUGUAUCUAAUACUCACUACCUCAAUUUUAACUAACUUAUUUAAUCAUGGUGCUCUACAAACUCUUUCAAUAGAUUUAAAGGAAUUCUCAGUUUUAUGAGACUGGUUGCUUAAUCUCAUGAGAAGUUCUCAAAAGAAUCUGUAUUUCAUGAACCUUCAAUGGAUAUUGUUACAUUUCUUAUGACCACUGUUACUGACCAGGCACAUUUACCAUAAUAACCAGGCAAUUCAUCCUAUUGAAAUAAGAGGAAAAAUUAAUUUUUAAAAUUUUAGUGAUAUACUUAUUAGAAGCCUAUUGAAAAAUGAAUGACUAAUUUGCAGUGUAGUUUGGAGGGGCUGGGAAGUUCACCUACAUCCUGUGGUGUUUUAAAUGAAUGAAUAUAUGUGAAAACAUUUAAAAUCUCCCUGAGGUUGUUUGGUUCUGGGUCAAGGAGAUAAAAAUGAACUUUAAAAUAGCUCUUUUCUGUUAGGGCAUCAGCUUAUCUGAGGAAGAAGGAUUUAGAAGCUUUAUUUCUGCUUAUGACUGAAUGAUUGCUGACCCAAUAGUCUUUGCUAGUACCAUAUGCAUAUUGAUUAGGGAAAGUUUAUUUAAAAAUAACAUUAAAAGAGCAUGAGUUGUGGGUCAAAUAUAGAACUGAUGAUCUAUAUUCAAUACUGUUUAAUUAAGGAAUGCAAAUAUUGUAUGUUAUGAUAUUGAACAGUGGAUAAUAAUUAAUAAGUCUAAAACAAACAUAAAAUGUGGAGUUAAGUGAACUAACUUUGUUCUCAGCUUCUUUUGUUUUUGGGAAUGUGUUAACAGAGAUAGCUAAAUUUUUCCCUGGUGCAAAUUAAACUGUGCAGGCCAGUCUUGCUGUACUCUCUAUUAGCAUCAGGAUUUUUCUUCUGACUUAAACUGUUCCUGUUUAAAUGUUGUAUAAUCUACUAAUUUGUGCUUUGCAUGUGUGUUCUGGGAACACAGGAUGAUGUUUUAUGUUCAAAGGAAAGCAGUUUUACUACAUAUUUCCAAAUUCUCCAAAUAAAAAAAUAAGCAAAUAUA